CUUAUCACUUUUCUUUCUACUACCACCCCCAACUCCCUCAUCACCUCAAUGACCUCCUAACUUCACCCCCUCUUUCUCUUUCUCUCUCUCUAAUGGCCCCCAACCCCCUCCAAUCCCUCCUCCACCACCACCACCACUACUCUCUCGUCAAGCUACACCACUCAGACUCCACCCCCAACUCCUCUCUUUUCCUCAAACCCACCACUUCAUUCUCUACUACCACCAACACUUCUCUCUCCCUCUCCAUAUCUUCUUCUUCCUCCACCACCACUUGUACCACCAACUUCUCUAUCUCCCCCACCACCUCCACCACUCCAUCUUCCCAAACAUUUUCCCUUGACCUCCUCCAUCAACAUCUCUCCACCCGAAACUUCCGCCAGGCAGAUGAAGAAACUCGCCGCCUCCUCAUAGUCCUUGCAGGCGAAGCUGCACAGAAGCGUGGGUAUGUGUUCUUCUCUGAAGUUCAGUUCAUCUCAGAGAAAGACCUUAAAGCCAUUGAUGAACUGUGGAAACAAUACAGUAACAACAAGUUUGGAUACAGUAUUCAAAAGAGAAUAUGGCAGAAAAAGGCUAACAAAGAUUUCAGCAAGUUUUUUCUCAAGGUUGGGUGGAUGAAAAAGCUUGAUACUGAAGUUGAGCAAUACAAUUACAGAUCUUUCCCUAAUGAAUUCAUCUGGGAACUUAAUGAUGAGACUCCUGAAGGACACUUGCCUUUGACAAAUGCACUUAGAGGGACACAACUUCUCAAUAGCAUUCUUAAUCAUCCUGCUUUUGAAGAUACGAAAGAAGAAGAAGAUGAAUUAGUUGUUGAUGGAGGAAAUGAAAAUGGAGGAUCCAAUAAGGAGUUGAGAGAAGAGGAGAACUCAAAGCCAUUGAGCAAGAGAUUGUUUAAACCAAAUUAUAGCUUUUGAUUUUGAGUUAUUUGAUAAUUUAAGCACAUACCCAUUACAGGGAAAAUAAAAUAGAAAAAGAAAAUGGAAUUUUUUUUUUUUUUUUUGCAUGGCUUAGAGCAAAUUAAGAAAAUGAAGGAUAGGAUUAGAGGAGAAAAUCAUUGUAUUUGCAUGACUACAACUUUAUUACUUUUAAUGACCGUCGGGUUUCUAAUACUCAUAUUGAGAUCAGGUGAA